CCCCCUCAGACUCGCUGCAGGGUCAAUAAGGACGCCAAGAAGCCCUAAACAGCCCCAAAACAGCCCCUGCAGUGUCUAUAGGGCCCCCCAGGAGCCCCCCCAAAGCCCCACAGGGAAUUCCCAGCGCAGCUUUAGGGUCCAGCCCAGGGGCGGGGCUCCAGCCCGGGGCGGGGCCCGGGGGGCGCUGAAAACCCCCCAGGUCCCCUCCGUGCCCCACACACCUGAGACCCCCCCACCCCCGGACCCCCAUGGCACCGCCACCGCCCCCUGGCCACCUCAGCCUGUCCCGCGGGGUUCAGCCCCCCCUGUACCAGGACGCCGUCGCUCGCCGGGCUCUGCGGCCCGCGCUGCUCAGGAGCGUUUCGGUGCCGGCCGAGCCCCCCGCGCCCCCCGCCAUGGAUGUCACCUACGCCGUGGUCAACAAGCCCCGCCGGGGGGGCGGGGCCGCGGGGAGAGGCCCCUCCCCUUUGGGGAGAGACCACGCCCCCUUCGGAAGAGACACCGCCCCCUCGGGCACGUGCUCGCUGCCGGGCAGCCCCGUGCGCCGCCCCUCCCCCAGCCCGGCAGGCUCCCCCAGACCCUCAGAUGGCGCCUAUGAGGUCGUGACCCCCCCUGUGGACACUGGCAGCGGCCCCUGCCUGGGGUUUAAUUUCCGCAUCGGGAAGCCCAAGGGCCCGCGGGACCCCCCGGCCGAGUGGUCCCAGGUGUGAGGGGGGGGUCUGGAUCCCUGGGCCCCCCCACGGAGGAGGGGCUGCAGCAGAACCAGGCCGAUCCUUACAGAACCCAAUAUAGACAAAACUGAUUUAUUAUCACAAAUAAAAACUGAUUGUGAGAAUCCCAGCUGUGCCUGGGGCAGUCCAGAGGGGUCUCAGCUGCCGAGGUGGUCU